AUGGCCUCGCUCGUGAAGAAGAUAAUCAGCACUGCGAAGGCUCCUGCUGCGCUGGGCCCCUACAGCCAAGCAGUGCUGGUAGACCGGACCAUGUACAUUGCAGGACAGAUAGGUAUAGAACCUUCCACAGGGCAGCUUGUCUCUGGAGGGACAAAGGAAGAAGCUAAGCAGGCUCUAAAAAACAUGGGAGAGGUCCUGAAAGCUGCAGGCUGUGACUAUGGCAAUGUUGUGAAGACUACGGUUUUGAUGGCAGACAUGAAGGACUUCAAUGAUAUUAAUGAUAUUUACAAAGAAUUUUUCAAGACAAACUUCCCAGCCAGAGCAGCCUAUCAAGUUGCUGCUUUGCCAAAAGGUGCCCGAGUUGAGAUUGAAGCUAUUGCCAUUCAAGGACCCCUCCAAGAUAUUUCAGCCUCACUGUAAAUAGAUACUGGAUAUCCUACAACAGC